AUGGCCGGCCUCUCGGAACCGCUGCCGUUCAUUACGCUCAAUGACGACGAGACGUUCGAGAUCUCGCCCGAGGCGGCGACGUACUUGAGCUCUCUCGAAGGAGAGAUCUCGAUCGUCGCGAUUGCAGGCCUCUACCGGACGGGCAAGUCGUACCUUCUCAACCAGCUUCUCGGGCGCACGACCGAACACACGAUGUUUGGCGUCGGCGGCACGGUCAACGCGAUGACCAAGGGCAUUUGGAUCUGGGGCCAGCCCAUGGACGCUGCCACAUCGUCGUCGUCUUCGCGGCCCAAGACGAUCAUCUUCAUGGACACGGAAGGCUUGGGCUCGAGCCAGCGCAGCCAGACACAGGACACGCGCAUCUUUGCGCUGGCGCUCCUCCUCUCGUCCUUCUUCAUCUACAACAGCCGCGGUGUCAUUGACGCCAACGCGAUCGAAGACCUCUCGCUUGUCGUCAACUUGACCAAGUACAUCCAAGUGAGCGCGGGCGGCACCGACAACUCCAUGUCGCUCGCCGACUUUUUCCCGUCCUUUCUCUGGGUCGUGCGCGACUUUACGCUGCAGCUCGAAGAGGAAGGCCGCGCGAUCACGCCGCGCGACUACCUCGAGAAGGCGCUCAAACCGCAGCCCGGCAGUAGCGACGACGCGCAGCACAAGAAUCAAGUCCGUGCGCUCCUCGCCGCGUUCUUCCCGGACCGCGACUGCCUCACGAUGGUGCGUCCGCUCAACGACGAGUCGCUCCUGCGCGAGUUGCCCAAGCAGCCGCUCGACUCGCUCCGUCCCGAGUUCCAAUCCCAGCUGACGACGCUCCACAAGAAGGUGUUUUCGACGCUCAAGCCCAAGAAGCUCAUGGCCAAAGCGCUCUCCGGCGCGAUGCUCGUGACGCUUGCGCGCAACUACGUCGAUGCGUUCAACAGCGGCGCGACGCCCGUCAUCUCGAGCGCGUGGGACCGCGUCGUCGCCGCGCAGAGCGAGCAGGCGCUCGACGCCGCCAAAGCCGCCUUCACAUCAGCGUUUGCUCCGCCCACGGACGCGGUGCCCGAAGCGACGCUUGUAUCAACGUUUCAAGUCGCGCAGGAAGCCGCGCAGACAGUGCUCAAGGCGCAGGACUUUGCGGGCGACGCGUUCGCGACCGUCUUGCACACGCUCGGCGACUGGCUCCAAGCGCAGCUGGUCGUCGCGCUGGAGGCCAAUGUGAAGCGCGCGACAGCCCACCAGACGCGGCUGCUCGACGAGCUCUAUGCGCCGAUUUCGGCCAAGGCGCAAGCGACGAUGGACCGCGAGAGCCCCGUGGCCAUGCUGCACGAGACGCUCAAGAACUACAAGAUUGCGAUGGCCGGUCUCGUCGAGGCGUACGACCACGCGACGUCCGAGCUGCCGCUGCACGCGUACGUGCUCACGGGCUUCCUCGCCGACAAGGCUAUGGACAGUAUUGUCGAGUGGGGCACGGCGGUGACGAUGCUAUUCCGCGCCAAGGACACGGCGGCCCAGAAAGCACUGGGCAGUAUCAAGCAAAAGGUCUCGAUGCUCGAAAGCAAGGCGCAGGCCGCGCAGGACAUGCUCGCGCAGCAACGCGAGACGUUCGAACGCGCACUCUUUGGCAUUUCCGAGCGCAUGGCGGACGAAAAAAUGGCGCUGACGGCUGAAAUCGACCACAAGUCGGCCGAGAUUGCGCGCACAGCGAUGCAGAUCGAGCGCAUCGGCGCCCUUCACGCCGAGGCCCACGACCGGCUUCUCGACGAGCUCGCGCGCGCCAAGGCCGACUGCGCGGACGCGGACGACGCGCUCGAGGCGGCGCGGAAGGAGCAGUUGUCGCUGCUCGCCGACUCGACCAACCAGCGACUGGAGCAAGAGCGGAUGAAGAACGCCAAGGAGGCGACGCUCCUCGCCGCGCACCAGGAGCUGCUACAUAAAACGAUUGCACUCGAGCGAGAGCUGGGCGACCAGCAGGCCGAGCAGAUGCUGGCGACGUUCAAGGCCGAGCAGGCGGUCAACGAGAAGCUCUUGACGCUCCGGCACGAGUGCGAAGACCAGGCGCAGGAGCUCAAGACGCGCACGAUCACCGAGAUUCGGUCGGUCAAGGCCAAGCACGAAGGCGAAUUAAAGGCGCUGCAACUCGACUUGAACGAGCGCCAAGCCGUGUUGAGCGCGCUUCAGGAGCGGCUCGAGGCCAAGCGCCGCAUGAAUUUGCAAGCAGCGGCCAAGAACCCCGGCGGCCGGAAAGAGGACUGCGUCGUGCAGUAA